GGAGAAGGAGGACGAGAAGGAGGAAGAUGAGGAGGAUGAGGAUGAGGAGAAUGAGGAUGAUGAUGAUGAUGAGGAGGAGGAUGAGGAUAAGGAGGAGCAGGAGGAGAAGAAGGAGGAGGAUGAGGAUGAUGAUGAUGAGGAGAAGGAGGAGAAUGAGGAUGAUGAUCAUGAUGAGGAGGAUGAUGAGGAGAAUAAGGAUGAGGAGGAUGAGGAGGAUGAGAAUGAGGAGGAGGAGUAUGAGGAGGAGUAUGAGGAGGAGUAUGAGGAGG